UAAUUCGAGUUUCAGAAAAGGUUAAAAACAAAAGUAACUUUGACCAUGGUACAUUCCUGUAAUAAAGUUGAAAAAUAAAGGUUAGUUUGGUCAAAGUGAACUGUUUGGGAAGGACAAGGCUCUCCGUUCAAAGCUUAAAGAGUGUGUUGUGAGGCUAAACUGAAAAGAGAAGAGUCACAAACUCCAACUACAUUCCUCUGGAGAAGCCAAAGUACCCUUCUCUAUUCUUCAGCAUUCUAAAUCCUAAAGUUAAACCCUUUGAGUUUCAGAUCAGGACAAAGUUAGGAUCUUUUCUUUUUUGCUUUUUCUUUUUCGGUUUAAUUUUUUUUUGACACAAACGAGGUAAAGCGCACUUGGUUUCACUUCACGAGUAGAAAAUGGGAUUUGUAGGUAUAGUGUGAGUUCAGUUCAGAUUCGUUGUGAAGACAAGAGAAAGAGUGUUUCUUUUGUUGUUUGUUAGAUAGAUGCAUGUUGAAGAACAAGAAUAGUGAGUUUGAGUGAGUGAGUGAGGAGAAAGCCAUUUUCAGACAAGUAAAAAAUGGGGUGUUGUCAGUCUAGAAUAGAUAGAAAAGAGAUAGUGUCUCGUUGCAAAGCGAGGAAGAGAUACUUGAAACAUCUUGUUAAAGCUAGACAAACUCUCUCUGUCUCUCACGCGCUCUACCUCCGUUCCCUACGCGCCACCGGCUCUUCCCUUGUCAACUUCUCCUCCAAAGAAACCCCUCUCCAUCUCCACCACAACCCUCCUUCUCCCUCUCCUCUCCCUCCUCCUCCUCCGCCGCGUCCUCAGCAACCUCCUCUAAGCCCUAGCUCCGAGACCACAUGGACCUCCACAACAACCUCCUCCGCUCUCCCUCCUCCGCCGCCGCCUCCACCACCGCCUCCUCCUCAGCCUUCCUCUACAUGGGACUUCUGGGAUCCGUUCAUCCCACCUCCUCCUUCCUCCUCCGAGGAGGAGUGGGAGGAAGAGACAACCACCGGAACCACCACGAGAACCGCAACGGGAACAGCUUCCUCAGUCGCUGCUCCCACCACCGCUCCGACGACAGCUACUCCUCAAGGCUCCUCGGUAGUGAGUGGCUUCUCUAAAGACACAACCACAACGGGAAGCGAGCUAGCAGUCGUGGUGCCGAGGAACAGCAAAGAUCUGAUGGAGAUUAUCAAAGAAGUGGAUGAGUACUUCCUCAAAGCUGCUGAUUCCGGCGCGCCGCUCUCAUCUCUCCUCGAAAUCUCGACUUCUAUCAACGCUACAGCUUUCUCUGCUCAUGCCAAAGGGAAAAUGUAUAGUAACUACGAAUGUAAUCUGAAUCCGACGUCGUUUUGGACUAAAGGAUUUGCGCCUAAGUUGAAUGAAUACAGAAACUCAGCAUUAGUAGUAGGAGGAAACUGCAUUGUUGGUAGCCAUUCCUCUACUAUUGACAGACUCUAUGCCUGGGAGAAGAAGCUCUUUCAAGAGGUUAAGAAUGCAGAGAGCAUAAAGAUGGAGCAUGAGAAGAAAGUGGAGCAAGUGAGGAGGCUUGAGAUGAAGAGAGCUGACUAUGUCAAAACCGAAAAGGCAAAGAAAGACGUUGAGAAGUUAGAGUCUCAGCUCACUGUGUCUUCCCAAGCCAUCCAGAGCGCCUCUAAUGAGAUCAUCAAGAUCAGAGAGACUGAGCUCUAUCCUCAGCUUGUGGAGCUAAUCAAAGGGUUGAUGUGUAUGUGGAGGAGCAUGUAUGAGAGCCACCAGGUUCAAACUCAUAUAGUUCAGCAGCUUAAGUACCUAAACACCAUUCCCUCCACUGAACCAACUUCAGAGCUUCACAGACAAUCAACAUUCCAGCUAGAGUUAGAGAUCCAACAAUGGCAUCACUCUUUCUGCAACUUAGUCAAGGCUCAGCGUGACUACAUCCAGUCACUCACCGGCUGGCUGAGGCUAAGCCUGUUCCAGUUCAGCAAGAAUCCACUCGUCAGGAGCAGCUACGAGUCAAAGAUAUACAGCUUCUGCGAGGAGUGGCAUUUGGCUAUCGACAGGAUCCCUGAUAAAGUAGCAUCCGAAGGGAUUAACAGCUUUCUCACCGCGGUCCACGGGAUCGUGGCGCAACAAGCCGAGGAGCAUAAGCAGAAGAAGAGAUCAGACUCCAUGUUGAAAGACUUUGAGAAGAAAGCUGCUUCGCUGAGGGGGUUGGAGAGCAAGUAUAGUCCUUACUCGGUGCCUGAGGGGAGGAAGAAGAACCCGGUGAUUGAGAAGAGAGCAAAGGUUGAGUUCUUGAAAGGCAAAGCGGAAGAGGAGAAGAGUAAGCAUGAGAAGGCGGUGAGCGUGACUAGAGCCAUGACUCUGAAUAACUUGCAGAUGGGGUUUCCUCAUGUGUUUCAGGCUAUGGUUGGGUUCUCAAGUGUGUGUAUGCAAGCGUUUGAGUCUGUGUACAACCAAGCCAAGUGUAUCGGUGAGGAGCAAGAGGAGGUCAAGAGGUUGCUUCCUUAAGAAAAAUUGCUUUUACCGUUUCUUCUCUGUCUUUGUUUGAUCCAAAGCCCAUCCUUUAGGCAACCAACAAUGUUAUGAACUUGAGUUGAGUUUUAAGCUAUUUUAGAAAAUGAACUUUUUCAUUGAA